GCCGAUUACAUAAUUAACUCGAUUGCACAAUCGAAUUGAUUAUGUACUUUAUUCAAUUGCGCAAUUGAGCCGAUUGCAUAACCGAUUCGAUUGCGUAAUGGCGACGGGCGAUGGCGGGGCGGUGGGCGAUAGCGACGGAGGGUGGAGGGCGGAAAAGGGCAGAGGGUGGGAAGAGGCGGAAGAUGGGAAGCGGUGGAGGGCAGGAAGCGGCAGAAGGUGGGAAGCGGUGGAGGGUGGGAAGCGGCGGAAGGUGGGAAGCGGUGGAGGGAGGGAAGCGGCGGAAGGUGGGAAGCGGUGGAGGGCGGGAAGAGGAGGAAGGUGGGAAGCGGUGGAGGGCGGGAAGCGGCAGAUGUUUGAGAGCGAUGGCAGAAGGCAAAGGGUGAUGGCAGAGGGCGGAAUGCGACAGAGGGCAGAGGCUUCACGUGAUGGCGGCAGGGAACGGCCGUGGCAGGGAAGAUGGCGGUGGUGGGGGAGGAUAGUGGCGAGGGAGAUUGAGGUGGCAGCAGGGAAGAUGGUAGCAGGGGGACAUUGAGGACACGGCGGAGAUGGCCAGCACGCCUCCAUCUCCCCUGCUGCUGCCUCCAUUUCCCCCGUUGUCGCCACAUUUUUUCCCACCGCGGCCAUGUUCGCUAUCGUGACCAUCUACCAGAAACUAUCUCCUUGUUCGUGCAGCUCGUUGCACCUCGCCUUUUGGUGGUACUACAGUACCUUUUACAUUGUCCCUUAAUCGCUUAUGGUGGUGGGUUGAAAUCUGAUGUGCUACCUCUUCGUCGUUGGGAGGACCUGAGGCCUUCUCGAUCUGCGCCCGUUCAGCCUUUCAAAUUUUGAAUAUUAUCAGCAUCCCAGAGCAUCGGUGUAGUUGCAGAUAAUAUAUUAAUAUGUUUCUCACUUUUUUUAAAGGUGCUGCAUCUGUUUUUCAUUGCUCGACCGAUAAAUUUCUGCUGAAAUU